AUGCCGAAAGUGUCGAUCGCCGGGAAUACAGAGAUAUUCGAUGGGAAUGAGGGAGCGGGGCAGGCGCGGUCUGUUUGAACAAAGAUUCCUGCAGGAACGAACUUUCGAAUUUAUCUUUCACAGAGCAAACGAUGCACUGGUUCGCCCAAAUCGGAGGUGACGAGGCCUCGCCCGAUUCGUCAGGUAAUAAUCAGUUUGGUAAAUAAUGGACAGUGUGCUUUGCCAAACUCAUCGCGAUGUUUGCGCCGAGUUUAACUUGCGCGUUGCGUAAUGCGUGCGUAUUAAUAGUAAUCCGUCGAAAUUGGAAACGACCGCCGUUCCAUCAGUCGCCGGUAUUUACAAGCACGCCGCGUUAACCGAGUUUCUUUGAGUGUGCCUUUUUUGCGUCGACAAAUGUUAACCUCUUGUUAACAGAAAUUAAAGAACUAACAAGAAAAGUUAAAAUCAACGAAAUGUGUGUGUAUGUGUGUAAGAUUCUUACUAUGUUAAAAGAAAACUGAAUUUUCCAAAGCAAACAAUAAAAUAUUCAAAUUUUCUGGCUGUGAGUUGCUCGAAGCGAUUUUUGCAAUCUCUUAGUCUGGAGGUGGCUAACUGGCGGCUUGCGGGCCCCUCUACUUUUCUGAUCGCUAGCGUUACCCCCUCCACUGCAUUGAAACUUCUCUAAUAAGCAAGUGGAGGGGCCAAAAGCUCUCAAGCCGCCAGUUAGCCGGCUCAGUCUGUGCGAUUGUUUGAUAAAAAUGAAUUUAAUAACAUUGUAACAAUGUAGAUAUAAACACCUAACAAGUUGCCUGUUAAUUAAUCAAUUUCAGUUUCUUUCUCGUCAGAAACAGAGACCCCUCUCCUCAUCAAAACUGUAAAAUCACCGUUCCGCGUCGAGUGUUUCAAAGCGUGGAAAAAUGGAAUCGAGAAAAAAAAAAAAAAAAAAAAACGACGGGAACGUGAGCUCGUGGCAAUAAAUCGAGCAUCUGCAUCCCAAGGAAGCGGAGCCGCGCCUUUUACGGCGCCCUAUUUUUAAUAAUCGUAUUAGCCGGGCGAAAGAAACACGUUGAUAUCACGGAAAAUGGGCAGCUUUUCUUCGAUAAAACCGUACGCAGAUAGGCGAUCGAAUGGAGAAUUUAUUACUUGAUAAAACAGCUGCGCGCACAGGCGAGAAAGGAACGUUCGACUCGACUCGCAAAAAUUGAUUAUCUCUUUACGAGAGAGGUGUAAUCGAAUAUUUUUACGACAAAAUUUUCUCUCUUUUGCGAUUCUAUUUCGUUAAUUUCGUUUGGUCCACUACUUUCAGACUUGGUCCCUUUGAUUAACCCUUUGCGAUCCUAUAUCGUGUCUGGCUCGACAAUGCAUAUCGUUUCAAUUUUUUUCGUCGAGACUAAUAGAGAGAAAAUAAAGAGUUGCGCCGUCGUACGUUUUGACUCGGUCGUGGCUUUCGAAAGAAAUUGAUUAUCAUUCAGUGAUUUCAAAAUUCAGCUCAAAAAUUUCGAUUUAGUGAUCGGACCACAACGUGCAGCGACAACGAAUUUGAAAGUAUUGAUUAUACGAUUGAUAUUGAACGUGAAUUUCAAACAGUAAUUAUUCAUUAUGAAAAUGAAAAGAUUCAGGCAAAGUUAGCUAAAGUGUUAUUCAAUAUAAUUAUCUGCUUAUAAGUAUGUCGUCUUGUUCGUAAGCCUGUGUAAGUGUUUCGCAAACUGGCCGAUACCAAGCGGAUCAUCGGUAAGUUAGUCUGAAAUCAGCGUGGACCGGCUGAAUACACGAAACAGUCGAAUAUAGCACGAACUAGUUGAAACGAGAUGACGAAAACUGCGCGAUGACCGCAAAGGGUUAACGCUCCUAACGUGUUUCGUUAGAACACAGAAAUGUCACAAAAAAAUGUUAGACACGACGUCGAUUGCAUGAAGCAUGUUUGUCCGAAUCAGUGUUGUCAGUGAGUGCCGCGAUAUCGCUUUGAAGACUUGCAUUUUGUGUGUAACUGUGGCGUGUCCGCCCCGCAGAGCCGCAUGCUUGCAGUGUGCCGCGAUUACGCGUGUUCUGCUCGUAUAAUCUACCCGAAUCUCACGUGCGUACGCACAUAUUCUCGCUUUCUUCUCGACAGAUGUGAAGCGCCGGCAAAGUCUCUACGACGAGGACUCCCUCGACGGCGAUCAUCCUAGCGAGAACGAAGGUAUCACGUUUUCAAGGGCAGUGGCCGAGACUAGCUUUUCCAAUAGAUCACACGAGAAACUUUGAACUUUUUCCCUCUUUUGUCAAGUAGUACAUACACAAUUGUUAGAAGUCGAGCUUUUAUUCUCGCGACGGUAACGCGAGAAAGAUUGUAAAUAACGGGGGGGGGGGAUUUUAUUCGUGGAUUUGUCAAAUCGCUCGAAACGAGCAGUCCUCCUUUACUAUCGUGAACUGUCUGGGAAACGAUAAUAUUUCGAACGUCCACGCGAAACGCGAAGCUCGCACGAGACGAGACGAAGUGAUCGAGCGUUGGUGGUUGUUCUCAGGACGGGAGUCGACGGGAAGCGCGAAAGACGUGGACAGGGCGAAGCUCGUCCGUGAGAGACAGAACGAGGAACGGCAGCGGAAGUUGGAAGAGCUGAGACAGCAGGCCAUCGCUGCGCAACGCUUCCGGGAACAACGGGAAGAGGAACGCCGAAGGCGCAUCGACGAGCUCAAAUCGCGCGACAACGACAGACGAAAUCAAGUCGGCGAGAGGAAACGGUUGAUAUGCGAGGCGGAAAGAGAACGAAGGGAGGCGAUUCUCCGAAAGAAUCAGGAGCGAGAGGCGCGCAUCGAGGCGAAGAAAAAGAACGAGAGAUCGCACAUCGUGUUCGCGUUCGGCAGCUCCACGCCGAGGAUGUUGGAACCGGCCGACACCGGUGGCUCCACUUUCUGGGGAACGCGUCGGGCAACUUCCACCACCAACGUGAUGAUGUUCUCGGCCGCACAACCGUUGACAAGGAGAUCCUCCGAGAGAGAGCUCGACGGCAGCAAGAAACGAGCCACGUCCGCUGGUGGGCUCGACCGAAAGCCUGGCGAAGAUAUGAGAAUGUCCUCGUCCAUGUACGAGGUGUUCAAUUGGAAUUCUAGCCCCGAUCCUCCCUUAACCCCUGCCAAACAUAAGAGAGCCAGCCUCUCUCUGCCUCCUACAACUGACAUCUUUGCCAUCGAUGAUAAGUCUGAUAGCGACACUAGGCGUCCGAUGAUCCAACGGGCUGCCAGUGGUGAAGAAAGCGACGGAACACCGGGAACCCCUAGCUCGGUUUAUCUGCGGGUGAACAGGAGGCGUACGGACCUGAUGCCGACGAUACCAUCGCCGCGUGACGGACCGCCAUCGUCAGGGCGUAGUUCGAGCGCGAAGGCCUUCACACGUUCGCCAGGUAGGACUUACUCCAUGUCCAGGCUGGACCAACUGGCGCAGCCUAGGAAACGUCCGACAGAACUUAGCACACUGACGGAACAGCAAAGCCAGCCUCUGAGCGCUUCUAGCAUGAGUCGCAGCAUGUCACAUUUAGCUGCGUCCGGAGGCAAGAGCCUCAAACGCUCAGAUAACUCUCGUAGCAUGGGUACGUUGCCAGGCGCGGUCCCGAUGCCGAGACCAACCAGGGCCGAGAGACUCCGUCGCAAAGCCCGCGAGCAUCAGAACCAACAGCAACAAGGCAUCCGCAGCGGGGAGGUGACACCGAACAGCCCAUCACGACCGCACAGCUCCAUGAGUCAGCAAAGCGCCAGCAGUGUGGGCAGCAGUAACGUCAAUCUGCGUCCUCGUACAGCUGCCCCGCGUCGACCGCGACCUGCUUCUAUUGCCGGUACCGGUGUUUCGGUCACAGAACGACACAAUCUAGCGAGCGAGCCGAAGACGACGAAGGAUUCGAAGCCGCCACUGCCAAAGGUCCACAGCACUCCAAAGAAAACGUCUACGCCGAAGGCGACGGAGAUCAGGAAACCGACGGAGAAGCUGGUGAAGAACGCGAAGGCUUCGCCGCGGAUAACCCCGAAGGCGACGCCGCUGCAGAGCCCUGGUGCCGAGAACGCUCCGUUGAUCCGCGGCAGCACCGGCGAGAUAAUAAAAAGCGAGGUGAAAGAGGAUGCGAAAUCGGAGGACAAACACCAAGAGGAGAAGAAAGACCAGGGCACCGAGAAAACACAAGACGAGACUAGCCUGAAUCAGGAGAAUCAAUCGGCCGCGCGGUCUCACGAGACGCCCAAAGCUACGAAGAAGGAAGCCGAGGCCAAGUUCGAGAGCAACGCGGAAGAACAGGUCGACAUGUCAGCCUCGAUGAUUGCAAAAAUCCGGAUCACCACGGAGGAGGAAGCCAAGGCAGCUAUAGCCGAGCGUAGAAGAUUAGCCAGAGAACAGGCUGAACGAGAGGCGGAGCUUGAACGUCAGCGACAGGUGCGCUUUCCAACAGCCUGCCUGUAUAUAAAAGCGGCCGCAUUGUUCGCGAAAAGAGGGGACCACACCUCAUUUGGAGAAAUCUUUUUGCAGGAGGAGGAAGCCCGUUUAGAGGCCGAGAGAUUGCGCGCCGAGGAAGAAGAACAACGCCGUUUGGAGGAGGAGACGCUUCGUUUGGCUAAUGAAGCUCGAGAAGCCGAGGAACAGAGACUGAGACUGGCGAUCGAGGAGGCGAAGCGUCGCGAGGAGGAGGACAGGAGAAGAAGAGAAGAGGAGGCUCGUCAGAAACAGGAGAAAGAAGAGGCUGAGCGGAAAGCGAGGGAAGAAGCGGAGAGACAACGGAUCGAAAUGGCGGAACGCCUUAAGAGGGAAGAAGAGGAGAGACUUGCUAGACGUAAACGGGUCGAGGCGAUCAUGCUUAGAACUCGAGGCAAGAACCAGAGUAACACACCUACAAAGGGCGAGGGUGGUGAUGGCGAUAAAUUGAAAGAAGACAGUCCGAGCGAUGAGAAUAAAACAGCGCCAGGUAGCAAAGUUGAAGAUGUUAUGACAGCCAGUCUGAUAUCCGAAGCGACUCAACAGUUCAUUAGCGGGGAGCAGCGAGCUCAUCACACGGAAAACAAUACGACUACGGACAUUGUGCAUAACGGCACGCAUAGUAACGGCAUUAAUGAAAGUAAAAUUGUAUUGGAUAAUAAUCAGGGUAAUGUGGAAGGAGAACUGAAUGGUCAUCAUACAAAUCACGGAAACGGUAUCAACAGUCAAUCAAUUACAUUGGAUAAUGCAACCGUCAAACAAAACAACGUGACCAACAACCUGUUAGACCUAACGGAAUUCGACUCUCUCAGUAAUAGCAGUAGUGGUCCAAUACUCCAACUGACAUCCAAUCUGGCCAACGAAGACACCCUCAACUCGAACCUAAAUCCAGCAGCUAUACCUUUCACUCCAAUGGCCAACACAUACAUGCCCACCGCAGCUAAUGCCAAUGUAAAUCCGUUCCAGGAUUCGUUCAUGAAUAACAAGCCACAAGAUAAUAGUCAAGUACCAGGUACGUGUGUGCGUGUUACCAUCGCGUGAUUAUAUCUGAGAUCUGUAUGUAUAUAUCAUGUACAAUGUGAACGUAUUUUAUAAUCAUACCACUGUUCUUGAUCUGCAGAUCUUUUAUCAUAAUGCGCGUAUUAAACAUUCUGGGGGAAUGGAAGAGGAACGGAUUCAUUGGAUAUUCAGAGAUAUACCAUGUUGCUUUGCAGCGAGUAAUAGGUGUAACGAGAUAUUCGAGGCGAGCCGUCAUUUAUGAGAUAAUGUAAAUAAGCGCUAUCGAUGUGUAGAAAAUGCGGGGGGCACUACGUCAAAAAAAAAGGGAAUGGAAAGAUAAAAAUAAAGAUGAAGACUACUUUGUCCUUAAAACGUCACGAGAAAUGUAAAAUAAUAUAUAAUGUUAAUUAAUAAUAUUAUGUAACAGCAAAUAGGCACUCAGUCCGUUAUAGUAUGCUAUUAGAUGUAAAUCUAAUCUUUUUUAGAAGACCUUUGA